AUGGAAGAUUUAUUUCCUCAGUGCAACACCCCUGGUGGAGACGAAGCGACACAUGAAUCUACUGAUCAGGGACCUGAAGAGGAGCCAAACACUGAUGCGGCCAAGUUCUAUGCUUUGCUUGACAAAUACAACCAACCACUGUAUGAAGGGUCCAGAACCUCUAAAUUAUCUGCCUUAGUUAAUUUGCUUCAUGUUAAGAAUUUGGGGAAAUGGAGUAAUAAGUCCUUCACCGCAUUGUUGGAAUUGCUGCGCAAGGACUUUCUACCUCAUGACUCUACACUGCCAAAUUCUUAUUAUGAAGCAAAAAAAACUAUUCGUGAACUAGGACUAAGUUACAUAAAAAUUGAUGCUUGCAAGAAUGAUUACAUGCUGUACUGGAAAGAAGAUAUAGAUGCUGAAUCCUGCAAGGUAUGUGGAUCAUCUAGGUGGAAAGAAGAAAAACACACAGGGGAAAUUAAGCACUCUUCAGCUGGGAAGAAGAUUCCACAUAAAACUAUGCGGUACUUUCCUAUAAAACCUAGAUUGCAGAGGUUAUUUAUGUGUAGGAAAACGGCCGCAUAUGCUAAGUGGCACAAAGAGUGUAGGGUUGAUGAUGGAGUUAUGCGACAUCCUGCUGAUUCAAAAGCAUGGAAGGAGUUUGAUAAAAUCCAUUCAUCAUUUGCAUCUGAACCUCGGAAUGUGAGGCUUUGUCUUGCUAGCGAUGGGUUUCAGCCGUUUGCUAACAUGCGAACCUCCUAUUCCAUCUGGCCUGUAUUCCUUGUUCCUCUUAAUUUGCCUCCUUGGAUGUGCAUGAAGCAACAAAAUGUAAUGUUGUCAAUGCUACUACCAGGACCUGAUGGUCCUGGGGAUGCAAUCGAUGUUUAUCUGCAACCAUUGAUAGAGGAACUGAUAGAACUUUGGGAAGAUGGAGUUGACACAUAUGAUUCAUCAACCAAGACAAAUUUCAAGCUACGUGCAGCUCUUCUUUGGACAGUGCAUGACUUCCCUGCUUAUGGAAAUAUAUCAGGCCAUAGCACAAAGGGAAAGUUGGCAUGUCCAGUUUGUCAUAAAGAAACAAAUUCAAUGUGGCUUAAGAAAGGUCGGAAGUUUUGCUACAUGGGUCAUCGGCGCUUUCUUCGCAGAAGCCACAGAUGGAGAAAUGACAAAACUUCUUUUGAUGGUACAAAAGAGAGCUGA